GACUCAGUAGUCAGUAUAAAAAUAGUACUCUCUGUGCAAGUAGUUCGGUGCAUGUGGAGUAGCGAGUGUGGGACGAAGAAAGCUGGCUGCCUUCCUCCUGGACAACGAAUUCCCUAGCCAUGGCGGAGCUCAGCCUGAGCGAUAUCCGGAGAGAAUUUGAUGGAAUAUGCAGUCGGCUCAAUAUGGAUCAAGCUACUCUGGAGGUAGCGUGGAAAUCGUUCCACGAUCUCAAGGAGUUCUAUACUUUAGAGGGCAAUCAGAACCAUUGGCUGGCCUGCGCUCUAUUCGUUGCUUGUCGCACGGCUAUUAUCCCAACUGUGGCUGGAGGAACGAGCACAACUGGAAAUCGAGUAACCCUGUACAACAUCAUACGUGAGACCAAAAUUAGCUUACUGGAGUUCUUUGAGAAGAUGAAGCGCUGGGUCGAGAUGGCUCUCAAACAUGGCCUGGCAAAGGAGGUGCCUACAUUGGUGGACAACCUGGAGCAUCGCUUCAGGGUCAUUACUUUGAUUUACAGAAAGUAUGAAGACCUUUUUGAUACAGUAUUUGCUACACCGAGCGAGGAAAGCAGGAGGAAGACGAGUCGCUCCAAGUGCUCAGCAGCAGAGCUGCACAAGUUUGUAUGGACAUUGUUUGUCCAUGCUAGGGCGUGUCUGAAUGGUGUCCAGGACAACCUUGUCAACAGUUUUCAUUUGCUGAUCUGUGUGGUGGAAACAAUGUACCUAUCGGCACAGCAAGCUAAUCGUACGGACCUGAUCAGUGCCUCCUUCACUAAGGCAGUGGAUGCAAGCAUUGCAGAGGACCCAGCCAAGGAGAAGGAAGUGGUCGACUUCUUGUGUCAACGUUAUGAGGCGGAAGUCAUGGAAGUGAAGGUGAUUAGGGAGCACUGGUGGGAGCGCCAUCUUGACGACAUCAAGGAGAAGAAUGUCCUUUUGGAUCAUCUUCAUGAAAUUGUUGAAGGAUCCUGUUUCCUGCGAAACAGCAAAAAGCUCAAUCGUGAGUAUGAAGAGUACGUGCUGAAACGCGGUGAUCUGGAUGAGCGGGUUUUCCUGGGUGAAUUUGCACAAGCGGAGGUUGGCACGCCCAUCAAAGUCCCAGCAGGAUCGUCUGUGGUUAAUGACGGCAAGCCAAAGAAUCUUGAGCGCUUCUUUGCCAAUGCCAACUCUGGAGUCGUACCCCAUACACCACUGACUGGUGAUCUGCAGAGGAAGGCACAUCUACGAUCACCUGCUCAUUUGUCGACGCCUGUGACCAGCGCUCUUCACAAUCUGUCGCGGAUCAAGAGCAUCAUCAGUAAUCAGCAGACUGGCACCCGUCUGGCUAAGCUCUGCAAGGAGAUUGAUCCAAAUCCGUAUGAAGCUGUAUCCAGCCGUGUGGAGAAGAUCAAACAACUCUUUGUAAAGAAAUACUGUGCAGCUGGAAGUGACAUUACUAGCCAGGAAGAGGGUCGGACGAUUUGUGCACUCGGCUCCUCGCUCUACCUCAAGGUGCUGGAGGCUGUGGCCAUUGAUGAAUAUGAGAAGCGUGGUACAGCCCGUCUGUUGAAUCUUCUUCAGGCCGAUGACAUGCACUGGGCUAUGUUUGGCUGCUGUCUUCAAAUUGUCCUCGCAACAAAGAACACAUCCGACAAAAUGUUCCCGUGGAUCAUUGAAGCAAUGGAUAUCUCUGCGUACUCCUUUGCUCGGGUUAUUGAAAGUGUCAUUCACUUUGAACCCAACCUAAGCACAUCAAUGGUGAAGAGUUUGAAAGUGGCCGAGGAACAGCUAUUGGAAAGUCUUGUGUGGCGCUCCGGUUCACCAGUGUUCAACCACAUCCACGACAUUGGAAAGGUAUAUCGCUUCAAGGAAGUUGCCCUGCCAGAAAGUAGUACUGAUGCUUCUCAACUGCAACAGCAGCAGCAACCACAGCAACAGCACCAAUCACCCUUGGUGGGCUCGCAACAUCGUAUCCCAGCGCGUAAGCUUACGUUUGAGGAAACCCCACCGACUACCAGUACCAGCGGCAGUAGUAGUAGCAGUAGCUGUCAAACCACCUCCACCGCCGGUACUCGUACCAGCAGCCAAGUCGACACCACUAAUGCUAGUAGUACGGGCGCAGGUACAAGGUCCACAUCAUUCAGCUUGCAAUCUCUGUCCGAAGCGGCGUCGAUGGUCAGCAAGGAAAGCAGCUCCGUGACAAAAAUGACCAAUGCCAUUGCGACGGUAUCUGCGAACAGUGUGACGGGUACGGGGGCAGUGGCGGCAACGCAAACAACCGGCUCAAGUACUGCCGCCACUUGUCUGACUAGCACUGGUGAUACACCUAUUAGAGGUGGUGACCAGGCCAUGGAGACGGCAACGACCUCCUCCGAAACGCCACCAGUUCGCAAUUCGGUCAGCCUGUUCUUGCGCAAGGUUUACCAUCUUGCCAGCAUGCGCCUCAAUUUCCUUUGUCAGCGGCUGCAGAUGGAUGCGGAGCAGCAGCAAACAUGCUGGACGUGCUUUGAGGAAUGUCUCGUGCAGCACAUUGACGAGUUGAAAGACAGACAUAUUGACCAAUUCAUUAUGUGUUCUAUUUAUGCCAUUGGCAAGGUGCUGAAGAAAGAUGUUGAGUUUGGUGACAUUGUCAAGUACUACCGCUAUCAGCCACACAUGUCCAGCGUGUUUCUCCUUACUUCUGGGUGUCUUACCUCUUCAAGUUUGGUCAAGACGUAUCGCCAGGUGAUGAUCUCUAGGAGUACGGAGAGUGCCGUGGCUGUGACUGCUAACUCGAAAACAGUGCCAGAUCCCAAACCCAGGGAGCAGGCAGAGGCACUGCAAGCCUCCUUGACUCCGAAAGGUUCACCUGUGACACGUUCUUCAUUGAGGCGGCAGCAGCAGCAUCAGCAUCAGCAGUUGAAGCAAACCAGCUCGGUGGAGAAACCGUCCAGCCCUCGGCGAAGUCCUCGUAAGCGGCCUCAUGAGAACGAGUCGGCUCCUUUAGCAUCUGGGCCUGUAAGGGGGCCGCUAUUUGCGUCCUCGCCACCUCGCAAGAGGAAGGACCAUGGCACAGCUGAGUCAGCGGUGCCUGCGGUAUCCUCGAUAAGAAACUCGUCACCUCUUGCUGAGAAUCCUCUAGCCAGCACUUGCGCGUCCAGUGCGGAUGUACCGAUGGACACUGGUGAGCAACCAACAUCGCUCUUGAUGACUCCGAAGAAAACCGACCCGCCUGUCCAGGGUGCUCCUCCGGGUCUUCUGUCUCCGCCAGUGGCAUUACCCGAUGGGCAGUGCAUUGGAGAUAUCAUUGCCUUCUACAACAAGGUGUACUUGAAAUUGAUGAAGAACUUUCUGAUGCAGUUCAUACCGGAGAGGAUAGAAGGGGGCACAAGCCCAUGCCUAUCUCCAAUGCCGAAGAAUAAGAAAGCAACUUACUCUCCCAGAAAGCAGGUAUCAGCCCAUCAUAAGAUAUUUGUGUCACCGCGCAAGAAGGAUUUGGGUUCAGACAGAAUGCGGCAGCAGGAAGGGGCAUUCUUGUAUUGUCACCAGAGAAGCUCACUUUCGGAACUGACUGUGAUUAACGAUCGUAUACGGCGUGGAAUCGGAUCGCCCGUUAAAGCCGUUGUAUCACCCAGGCCAGCUAACCCGCAGAGCCCGCUGACGUCUGUAACAAACGCUUCCCCUCGUGCCGGGGGCACCACUAGCAAGUCGUUGGUGCCAUCUGGGAUCAUGGUUGAAUCUGUCUCACUGCCGGCAGGACGCUCACAGUCGCGUCCCGUUUCAUCACCAAGCACAAUCGACCGCCACAAGUCUGUUACCAAAGCUCUGCAUCAAAGAGCUGAAGAGCGAUGGAUUAACAGCAAGGGUUUGUCUGAAGACAUGUCGGAGUGAGCUUUUUCUCUGAGAACGUCAAUACGGAGAUGGGUUUCCCUCUGCAACUAAUGGUAGUUUUUUUCAUUAUUGAGUUUCUAAUAUUUCCAGCUCAUGCAAUGCCUUGGCCAGCCUCCAGCUCCUACAAUGCCUUGGCCACCCUCCAACCCAUGCAAUAGCCAAUACCUUGGCCAGCCUAUGCAAUGCUUUGGUUCGUCUCCAGCUCCCGCAACACCUUGGCCAGCCUCCAGCCUGUGCAAUGCCUUGGCCACCCUCCAUCCUAUGCAAUGCUUGGUCAGUCUCCAGCCUAUGCAAUGCCUUGGCCAGCCUCCAGCCCAUGCAAUGCCUUGGCCAGCCUCCAGCCCAUGCAAUACCUUGACCGCCCUCCAGCCUAUGCAAUGCCUUGGUCAAUCUCCAGCUCGUGCAACACCUUGACCACCCUCCAGCCUAUGCAAUGCCUUGGUCCAUCUCCAGCUCAUGCAACCCCUUGGCCAGUGUUCUCCAGGCCCUGUGCUUGUACAGUAAGCAUGCUCUAGAGCUUUCUUGUCCAUAUUUGCUGAAUUUAUUAUAGUGUAGACCACAGGUUUCGCCAGCUGCCCAGCUCGCAUUAGUUUCCUCUCUAUUUUUUCCUGUCCCCAGACCCGUUCUAGCCUACUUAGUGCAGUGCUGUGGUUAGUUUCUAUCAUGCCUUCCAUGACCGUAUGCUUUCUUGCGCAUACACUUUCCUUACACGGUUACCCGUACUUGCCGCCGUGUCUGCGUCUCGUUUAGCUUUUCGUUUAGCUCUGCUUAGUUGGUCCUCCGCUUGCAACAAUUUUCAUUCUGCUUUAUGACCCAUGUGAACAAUAGGUAGGCGCCUCCGCCACUCUUACAACAGACACGCUCUCUUUUCUAAUUAUUCGCUAUACAUCAGCUCGUUGCAUGCCAGAGCUGUAGACUGUAGAUUUGUUUUCCCCCUUCCGCUGACUUGUACUCAUUGUGUAGGCAGACUUCCUCUCCUGUCCUCUAUAUACUUCUCUUGUACACCUAUUCUCUUGUACACGUAUCUCAAUGUAUGCAUUGCCGGUCGAUGCACCCCCUUCCCACAUACACACACAUCCGCAUGCACGCAUUGCCACUGGCCAUCCUGAGCUAUCCUGAUUUCGUUUUCUUAUCGUUUGCGUUGCUUGCCACACCGUAACUGUCUGGGUUUUUUUUGUUGGCACUGGAAUAUUUUCGAACUGCUGAAACUGCCUUUCUUUUCUUCCGUUUUUUGGUUGUUGCUACCUAACUCUGUAACACAAACUGUCAUUCCAUCAGAUAACAACCCCUGAAUACUCAAUCCAACUAUGUUUUCUUCUUGUCUGUUUUUGAACAUACUCAUCCUGAUAAUGAUAUUCAAGCACGGCGGCAUUGACACAUGCAAUGUACAUUGUACAUCUACGUGAUGUAAAAAGCCAA